AUGCUGGGCACAAAACGGUUUCAACAUGUGACUGAGACCCGCAAGUGGGAGUUGUCUGGGCAGCAGGCAGCCCUGCCAAUCACAGAGAAGUCAAAACCAUUGACCAAGGACCUGGACAAAGAUGCUGAGCAAACCGUUCGAUUGCUAGGGCAAUGUGAUACUGAGAUCUUCUAGGAGGUGGGGCAAACCAUGCCCACACACCACUGACUCUAUAGCACGUCAGAUCUGACCACUGUGGUACAAGAGACUGGGAGAGUACUGAAGGUCUCCUUUAACCAGCUGAUGAAAGGUCUGAACACCUACCACAUUGCAGGAGUUGACAGGUCUGCGGUGGCCUCUAGGAAGGGGACAGAAGAUAGUGCCAUUCAGGGGAUGGAGGAAGAGAAGAGGGUGCUCAUCAUUUGCAUUCUGGUGGGGCUCUCUGCUCCCUUUGUGGCAGGCCAGAUGGACUCCUGCAUGGAUAACCCAGCCAUCUUCUUGCCAGGCCUGGUUGAUUUCAAGCCUGUGAGCAUGGCCAGAAAUGACCCCAUUGAAGACUGGAGUGCAACAUUUUGACAACUAACAGAGCAAAUGCAGAAACUACAAGAGACAGAAAGCUUUGUGCUCAAUCCUGCAAUUGGUCCGGAGGGCCUCAGUGGCUCUUCCUGGAAGAGAGGUGGAAGUGCCACCAAGAUCCUGCUGGAAUCCUUGAUGCCGGCAGCCCAUAAGGCUGUGAACCAGGGCAUUGUAGCAUGUCAGAGAUGCCUUCUGGGAGUCCUGUGGACAUCUGAGAGGGCUCAUCAGGAGAUCUGUCGUCAAAGCCCCAAGAUCACUGCCUUGAUAAAGCAAGUCAGUGCCAGCCUGCAGAAAAAGGCUGGGUGGACCUGGUUGACUGGCAAACCCUGGCACCAUGGACAUCACGGUGGAGUAGAGUGCAGCCACACCUUUGGUGCUGAUUUCCGAGAUGUCUGUGGCUUUCUCAUUGGUGAUCACAGUGACAUGUUUAACCAGAAGGCUGAGCUCCACAACCAAGACCCCCAGUUCACCUUCUCCCGGGAGGCCUUCCUGACUUCCAUCCUGCCAUCCUUGACGGAAAUGGACACUAUGGUCUUCAAUUUCACCCUGGAUGACAACCUGAUGGAGGUGCAGAUGCUGGUGGAGCAGGUGAAAGGGAAGACCACCAACAUCCGGGCCAUGGCCCACAGCACUGUGGGGCAGUCCCUGUCGGGGAGGGUCCAGCCUACUCUUUCUGAAGAGUUCUUUCCCUCCAUCAUCAGCAUGAUAUGGCCACUGCUUUUCUUCAAGUACGAAGGGAACUUCAUCGAAGGGAGUGAGAAGACGUUCCAGCAUGAGCUUAGCACCAAGAGGACCGAAAUCGUGAGUACACAGGCCCACGUGGCUCUUGGGAAGAUCAUUCAAAACCACUUGCUGGACGUCCGUUGCAGCUCCAAGCUCCUCUGGCGGGCACUGGCCUUGCUGCAGUGGUUCUCUGGACAGCCCCAGGCUUGACGCACCGAGAGCCUCCUCCAGGUGAUCCACUUCCCACAGCCACGGUCGGAUGAUAUUCGGGCUGCUCCCAUCUUCUCCCACAUCCAUGUUGCACAGGAGAAGGAACAGGUAUCCUGCAGACUCCUAGUCAUUCAGCAAACACGUACCGAGUGCUCUCAGUGUGUUGGGAACUCUGCUUGGCACUGGAUUUACAAAGCUUAUUGA